AGGGCCGCUGGGCAAUAAGGGGGCAACCGCAAACAGCGCGCUCGUGCCGCCUGCUCUCGGGGUUGCGCCGGAACAGUGCAUGCGUCUCUGAAACCGCGCGCGAAUCCGGAAGCAUUUUCGCAGCCGGAGCUGUGCCACGAGUCCACCUCCAAGCUGUUCACCUUCGAGAGGCAUACAUCGUGUGUGCACGCUGCGGAAGAGGCUGUGCCACUGCUGGAGGAGAACAUCAUGCCUGUAGCACAACGCUACCCCCGCGUGCAGUGCGGCGGUUAGCAUUCGCCGGAGGCUAAGGAGGUGCACGGCACUGGGCCGGCCGGUCUUCCAUCAGUCGGUCGCGCGCGGUGCUCGCGAACAGUAGCCAGGUGCGAGCAGGCGGUCCACUGCAGAGCGGACACCGGAGGACACGCCUCGGAAGUGGUUCGUCCCUAUUAGCGCUGGUCUGCGCGUGACCGCCAACGCGUGCCUCGAGGCUGUCCAAGUGGUAACCUACUGCCCCUGAUUACACUAAAAGGAACAAUGAGCGGAACACGGCUCGCCAUUCUCCUGGCGGUGGUGGCCACAGUUCCCAUCACCUAUGCAGCAAAGAUAUACCGUCCCGCUGUGUAUACAACUUCCGGCAAGCUCGUGGGGCUCAAGAAAGAAUCGUUUGGUAGGCCCAUCGACGUGUUUUACGGGAUACCGUACGCAGAGCCGCCUCUGGACGACCUCAGAUUCCAGAAGCCUGUCCCGGUGACACCAUGGAAGGGUCUGCGCGACGCGUCGACGCCGCCAUUCCCGUGCAAGCAGCCCGACUUCUUCGUGCACCAGAACUACACGAUACUGACGCGAAAUUCUACCGAAGACUGUCUCUACCUCAACGUGUGGACGCCCGCGAGGUACUGUCGCGACAUCGCAACGUGCGGACCGAAGGCCGUCAUGGUGUUCAUCCACGGAGGGGCUUUCACGUACGGCAGCAGCAGCUGGUCUUUCUACGACGGCAUCCACUUCGCCGCGGCCGGAGACGUCGUGGUCGUCACGCUAAAUUACCGAGUCGGGCCCUUCGGCUUCUUCAGCUCCCGACUGGACGGUCUCAACGGAAACCAGGGCAUGUACGACCAGAUCCUCGCGCUUACGUGGGUCAAGUCGAACAUCAAACAUUUCGGCGGCAAUCCUGAACUUAUCACAGUGUUCGGUCAGAGCGCGGGAGCAAUCUCAGUUGGAUACGUGCUUGUGUCACCGCUCAGUCGAGGAUUGUUCCGGCGGGCCAUCAUGGAGAGCGGAAGUCCCUUCUGGAUGAUGCACGACAGUCGCGACACGGCGCUCCAGAAGAGCUUCUCGCUGGCCAACGCGCUCGGCUGCACGACUGGCUUCGAGAAGUCUAUCGAAGACCCCCAGGUUAUGGCUUGUCUGCGCUCCAAGGACGCUAACGAGAUUGUGAACGUUGCCACAGAGGUACUGGGAUCUCAGGCCGAGACGUUCUUCCCGAGUCGCGACGGCGAGCUCUUUCCGGACGACGCCAACGUACUGAUGGACGCCAUGAAGACAACAGGAGUGGAACUGCUCAUCGGGAACAACAGGAACGAAGGCACAUACUUCGUCUACAACUUCCUCACCAAGGGACUCAAGUUCCAAAAUCUGGCGCACAUCACCAAGGACGAACUCGGAUUUUACAUGGUGCUCUUCUUCCGGACGAUGCUACAGUCAGGAGUGAACGAAAUUCGCGAGUUUUACCUGGACAAACUCAACAGCACUGAUCCUGGAGUUAUCUUGCAACGUGGAUCGGACGCCGUUGGAGACUUCCUUAUCACGUGCCCCAGCCGCUACUUUGCGGAGAAGUACCAGCGCAAGGGACAGUCUGUGUACUACUACCAGUUUUCGCACCGACCCAGCUUCAGCGUGUGGCCGCCCUGGAUGGGCGCGACGCACUUCGACGAGUUCCCUUUUGUGUUCGCGCAUGCCAUGGCGUUCCCCGAGCUGGUGACGCCCUCGGAGACUUCUCUAAGCAGGCAGUUGGUCGAAAUAUGGACAACAUUUGCCAAAAUCGGGCGCAUGCCGACGCUGGGCAAGAUCGCGUGGCCCCGGUAUUCAGCAGAGGGUCCUUACAUAGUGGACAUCAACCUCAAAGUCCUCACCAUCAAGAAAGGACCACAGGAGGAGAACUGCAACUUCUGGAGGCGUUACUUCAAGUUGGACGGCUGAGGGCAAGAUCCUCUAUUCGAUACUGCCGAAGUGCCAAAACAGGGGGCGCGAAAGAACGUGCCUUACUCUGAAUGGCAGCGUAGAUGUCAGCCUAUUUGACAGCACUGCCCAGCGUCUACAUCAAUCUAAAGCUUAGAAGAUGCUGAUGUCAUCGGUGUUGCCGUACAAGUUUCCCGGAAUACGACUCCUCCUCCGAGAUUGAGGACCUGAGUGAACGAUAUCUGUUGUUUGUGUUGCCAUUUUUCAUUCUUUCGCACUGUUUACCCAUCAUCAUUCACACAACACCUAGCUUGGACACUAGUGCCACUUUGUAUGGUGUUCAAACCACGGACUCCUAAACCAUUGAGGCUAUAGCGAUGAGCAAAAUGUACUCUUGCCUCGCUGCUUUGUACUUCACACCACUUCGUACUUCACACCUACUCGAAGGCUCAGUGUGACUUUAGAUGUUUGAUAUAAUGGCCAUAGCCACGCGCAGCGUUUGCAUUUUUGGGGAAAAGGAAGGCGAAGCUUAAUUGAAUCUGGGGCAAUAAUUGAUUUCGCACCAUGUCCA